CAUACAUGUGCAUGAGGAAACGCGUGCGGUCGCAGUCGCUGUGCAGCUCAAUUGAGUUGCAUGACAAGCCUUUGAAGCAACAGUCAGAUCUCUGAUUGGUCUGCAGCCGGAGACAGGAAGUGGAGUUCAUCGCCGUGCAGAACUUUGGGUCGGGUGCCUUGAGAUGAUCAGACACAGUCUUGUAGGUGCAAAGUAAAAUAAGAAACAACAAUAAAGAAGAGAUGCCUGGACCUCCUCCUCCACCACCUCCCGGACCUCCUCCAACCUUAUCAGUGGCAAACACAGAGAAGCCGCCUCUGAACCGUUCUCAGCAGCAGGGGAGAAAUGCUUUACUUUCUGACAUCGGCAAAGGAGCUCGGCUGAAGAAAACAGUCACCAAUGAUCGUAGCGCACCAACACUUGACAAGCCCAAAGGGGAAGGAGGUGGAGGUGGAGGAGGGGGUGGAGCUCCAGGUGGACUGGGUGGUCUGUUUCAAGGUGGAAUGCCUCGGCUAAAAUCAGGCAGCAGAGACAACAAUGUAAGACCCCCGAUGCCUCCCACAGGCGGCAGAUUCCCAUCACCCGGAAACUCAGGUGGAAGCAGACCCCCGGUCCCAACCUCUGGACGACCUUCACCUGGGAGAACCAGCACCCCACCUGUACCUCCUUCUGCUCGCCCACCACAGCACGGCUUUCCUGGCGGCCCCCCACCCCUGCCGGGAGGAGGUCGACCGCCUUCCACACAGCCCCCCAGCCAGCCGGGCAGACGUCCCAGCCUUCCUCCAGCCCCGAGGGAAGCUUCCUUUCCCCCACCACCUAUGCCCGCAAGUGGCCGUCCACCAUUACCCACAAUCCCCGGCAGGUCCUCAGAUGACUUCCCACCUCCUCCACCCACAGGCAGUCAAAGACCAUCUUUCUCUCGGGAUGGACCACCGCUGCCGCCACCACCUUCGGCAGACAACAAACCACAGAGACCUUCGGGUAAUGUACCUCCAGCUCUACCUCCAGGAAGAGGGAGCCUGCCGCCCAUCCCCCCAUCAUCCAGAGAUGAGCCGAGCUCUAGAACCCCUCCACGAAACAGUCACCCUCCUCCGCCACCGUCUGGACGCUCCAACCCAUUGCCCCCGCCGUCCAAUGACUCGCGCCCACCGCCUCCUCCAACAGGCCGGAGUCCAUCUGUACGGUCAGGUCCUGUUCCACCUCCACCAGGAAACAGAGGCGGGGUUCCUCCUCCGGCACCUCCUCCAGGGCGACCAGGUGGAUCCGGCAGACCCCCUCCACCCCCAGACCGCCCUGGAUCAUCUGGCUUUCCACCUCCACCACCCCCUGACACGCUGAAUGGCUUUCAGUGUCCUCCGCCUCUUGCCACAGAUGAAUGGGGGAUGAGGUUUUCGUUCCAUCCCCUUUCUGAAUUACCUCCUCCAGAGCCAUAUUUGCCAUUCCUUAAGUCUUACCCCAGCAAGGCCGGAGGCAAAGUUCUGAGAGACAGAGGUGCACCCCCCUUACCCCCAGUUCCUAGAUGAAUGUCGCUUGGACGAAAGUGCAUCUUGUCUUUAUGUUGUACAUUAUGUAAAACUCUGGUUCUUGGAUUGCACUAUUAUUUGUUUGGAAGGCUGUUUAGAUGGUUUCCUAUCAGCUCAGGUCAUAAUAGUUCAAGUCUCUACAAUACAGAAUAUUUUUUUAAGAUGCUGUGUGGCAACUUCUGACAAUUGUCUGUAAUUUUAAAUUGAAAAAAUACCACAGCAUGAUCUUAUAGAUUUUCAUGAAAUAUUGCAAUUAUUGUAAAUAGCUUAUCAAUGUGGUUCACUUUAAAGACCCUGUGAACCGGAAGUUGCGACACAUUUCCCGAGUGGAAAGGAAUUUCAAAGGAGAAAAUGAGUGGGUGUGUCCUGCGUUUUUCAUUGAGAAUUAGAUGUGUAAAACAGCUGUUGCAUUGAUUUUGAAAUUAAAUUGGCAGUAGACUGACACUUGAAGGGGAGGAGUUAACUGAUGCUCCGCCCUAGCCAUCUAAUUUACGUCAUUUCAGAUGGAUCGUCCUUUCAGGGCGGAAGUGCAUUUUCACACUUUAACUGAGGAUUAUGACUGUACAUGAAUUUAAAAAGAAAAUGACCCUCAUUGAUAAGCUGUUUACUAUAAACGCUGCAAUAUUUCAUGAAAAAAUAAGAAUUGU